UCUCUCUCUCUCUCUCUCUCUCUCUCUCUCUCUGUGUCACCCUCCUUUGUCUUCUUCUUCUUUAAGAGCUUCUGUCUCCAACCAGUAAUUGUUGCACCGACCCUGCAAGCUGAUCUCUUCUUGUUUUAUUGAAGUUUGUCCAAGUGUGUUAGAAAAAUAAUUUAAGUUGCCAUGGAGUCGAUGGAGUCAAGUGUACCGCCGGGGUUUCGGUUCCAUCCGACCGAUGAGGAGCUUGUCGGCUACUAUCUGAGGAAGAAAGUCGCCUCUCAGAAGAUCGACCUCGACGUUAUUAGAGACAUUGAUCUGUACAGAAUCGAACCAUGGGAUCUCCAAGGUAAGAGAUGCAGGAUUGGGUAUGAGGAGCAAAAUGAGUGGUACUUCUUUAGCCAUAAAGACAAGAAGUACCCAACAGGAACGAGGACCAACAGAGCCACCAUUGCUGGGUUUUGGAAAGCAACCGGGAGAGACAAGGCCGUUUACGAUAAGGCCAAGUUGAUCGGCAUGAGGAAGACCCUGGUUUUCUACCGAGGAAGGGCUCCGAAUGGUCAGAAGACCGACUGGAUCAUGCAUGAGUAUCGGCUCGAAUCUGAUGAGAAUGGACCACCUCAGGCAAAAGGAUGGGUGGUUUGUCGAGCGUUCAAGAAACGGACCAACGGGCUGACCAAGAGUUCCCUCGAAGGCUGGGACACGAGCUACUUCUACGACGAGCAAAGCGGCACGAGCUCGGUCAUCGACCCGGCCGAGUGCAUCUCGAGGCCAGUCCUCAGCUACAUGCCCAGUUCGAGCUUUGCAUGCAAGCAAGAGAUAGAAGCGGCGGAGAACCUGAAGCUCUUCAACCCGGACGAAAACUACUUCCUACAGCUUCCUCAGCUAGAGAGCCCAUCUCUUCCCUUGAUGAAGAGGCCGAUGAGCUCGGUUUCGCUAAUGUCUGAAAUCAAUAACAACAACCACAACAGCAACAAUAACGAGCCCUUAGAGGAACAUAAUGAUGAUGAUUCCAAUAAGAGAGUGACCGAUUGGAGGGCCCUUGACAAGUUCGUUGCUUCUCAGUUGAGUCAAGAGGAGAGGUAUGAGGGCGAUGGUUUAACCGCAAGCUUUGAUCAUCAUGAUAGCUCGGACAUGGCUCUGAUGUUGCUCGAGAGUGCCCGAGAAUGCGAAGCAACCAAGUUGAGCGGUUUCUUGACUUCAGGCGCCGAAUGCGACGCGGGCAUAUGUUUGUUUGAUAAACUAUGAAUUUGUAAGGAAGAGAAAGGUUAUAUAUAUUUAUAUAUAUGAUAAGAGCACAUAUGGCCCUCUCACCUUGAAUGAUGAAGAGUGGAUAUUAUUUCUAUUGAACAAAGUGGGUUGUGAAAGUUUGAAU